AUUUCCGUUCUUAUUAAAGUACAAAAUUGUUUUAUGUGAAUUAAAAUAUGUAUUUAUUAACUGAUUUUAUGUUUAUUUCCAAAAGUGUGUUAAGAAAGUAAUACAAUGAAUGCGUAAAACUCAAAUUAAAGUAGAAAAGUGUGAAGCAAAAUUACUCUAAACAUGUAAGUGCUGUGGCAAAGGAUGUUCCUGCAAACAAAAGGUGACGUUAAAUAGCUAAUGAAGCAGUCUUCUUGAUAAAGAUGUUUGGAGUUAAAACAAAUUUGUCUCACAAAAUUGCUUUGUCUGCGUUUUUUUUAUUUUGUGUCAAUUCGUGAGUUCGCAGAGGCUUUGUGGUUGGCUUUGGCUAGGCUGGGCCAAGCUUUGGAACUGAUUUGCCGCGUUGUAACAAAUAUUUAUAAUUUUGAUAGUGGGUUUGAGCCAAAUUUUUAAUGGAAAAAUGUGCUACAUUGCUACAGACUGAUUUGGAACAUUGAAAAUUCAUAACCAACCCUAACCAAAUACAAAAUGAGCGCCGAAUUUAUUGCUGUGGGAAGACAGCGAGCACAGCUAAUUUAUAUAUUGCUGGCGGUUGUGUGCAUGCUGCCCACACCCGCUACAACAUUCCUGCCGGUCGAAUUACCCGGAACCACAACAACAAGUACGACAGCGACAGCGACAACAAAACCAACAACAGGAUUGGCAACAGUAACAGCAAACGCCGGUUUUGUGCCCGCCGUAGCACCCGCCCCACCGUCGACGAACAACGAGCUCUCAGACACCAUUAUACCGCCCGACACAAUGGACCAAUGUCCGAUGGGCUAUUUUCAUUGCAAUAUGUCCGCACAAUGUGUGUCGCAGCGUCUGAAUUGUGAUGAGAAGGCGGACUGUGACGACGCGUCGGAUGAGUGGAAUUGCGUCAAUGAUGUGGAUGCGAGAUUCUGGGAUCAUUUCUUUCGUAAGCAGCCAUACGGACGGCACGACGAUGUGCCGGUGGAGACGUGCUUUUGGCUUAAGAACAACAGUUACAGUUGUCUUUGUCGUGGCGAUGAAAUUUUAUGUCGUUUCCAGCAACUAACGGCAAUGCCAGCCAAUUUGCCGGCGACGGAGUUAACAAUGCUUGAUUUAACAGGAAAUAAUUUUCCACACAUAGAUGAGCAUUUUUUUGCGCAGCUGCCGUUUGUGGAGAGUUUAGUUUUAAAAUUUUGUUCAAUAGAAGACCUGGCACCAUUUACUUUCCAGAGAUUUUCGGAGAUACCACUAAAGACGCUGUACUUGGAUGAAAAUAAGAUAGUCAGCUUAUCAGAAAAUUUAUUCACCGCUGGAAACACUCUGAAAAUAUUAAUCCUGUCGGGAAAUCGCAUCCAAGAGCUACAUAGUUACGAUUUUCAACAUUUGGAGCGCUUAACUGAAUUAGACCUGCGUGGCAACCGCAUUGAAACAUUUGAAGCGAAAGUUUUUGAAGAUUUGCAGAGUCUGGAAGUGCUUUAUCUCAAUGAGAAUUUCAUUCAUCAAAUCCGCCCGGGCAUGUUUCCGUUACUCACCAAGCUACACACUUUAUCGCUGGCCCACAAUUGGAUCGUCGACAUCGAACGGAAUUCGUUUACAUUCCCGCGGUUAUUGCAUUUAUUUCUAGCCGGUAAUCGACUAUCUGUUCUGCGUACACGCACCUUCUGCCCGCUUCGUCUGCUGCAGGGACUACACCUGAACGACAAUCGCUUGGCACGUUUCGAGUUGCACGCUUUCGAUUGCAUGCAGAAUCUCACAUCGCUGCUGCUGACGGGCAAUGAAUUCAAGACAUUGGAUCCGCGUGUCUUGCAGAAUCUGACGAAUUUGAAUUAUAUUUACUUCUCGUGGUUCCAUUUAUGUCGCGCUGCCCUGCACGUGCGCGUCUGUGAGCCGCGUGGCGAUGGCAUUAGUAGCACUUAUCACUUGUUGGAUAAUCAAAUAUUGCGCGGCAGCGUGUGGAUAAUGGCUUUCGUCGCGACUAUUGGCAAUUUACUUGUUCUCCUCGGUCGCUACUUUUACAAGUCCCGCAGCAACGUUGAGCACUCAUUGUAUCUACGUCAUUUGGCCGCCAGCGACUUCCUUAUGGGCGUCUACUUAACGAUAAUUGCUUGCGCUGAUAUUAAAUUUCGUGGCAAGUAUAUAAUCUACGAUGAAUUAUGGCGGCAGAGCGUGUGGUGUGAUUUCUCGGGCUUUCUCAGCACAUUCAGCUGUCAAUCAUCGACUUUGUUAUUGACGUUGGUCACUUGGGAUCGCUUAAUGUCAGUGACGCGACCACUUAAGCCACGCGAUAGCGGGAAAAUGCGAAUUAUUUUUCGUCUUGUCCUGCUAUGGGGCUUGUCCUUCCUACUUGCAGCUCUGCCAUUUCUACCGCUACAGUAUUUCGGUGGACAUUUCUAUGGCACUAACGGUGUUUGUCUUUCAUUGCAUAUACACGAUCCAUUUGCAAAGGGUUGGGAGUACUCUGCUCUACUCUUCAUACUCAUCAAUACCAUUUCGUUGAUUUUCAUAUCGAAUUCUUACAUUCGUAUGCUCCAGGCGAUACGCGACUCAGGCGGCGGCAUGCGGAGUACGCUGAGUGGACGCGAGAAUGUCGUGGCAACGCGCUUCGCCAUUAUAGUGACCACAGACUGUGCCUGCUGGCUGCCGAUAAUUGCUGUCAAAGUGGCAGCACUCUCAGGCUGUGCCAUCUCACCCGCACUCUACGCGUGGCUAGCCGUACUCGUGCUUCCCGUCAACUCGGCGCUAAAUCCGGUGCUCUACACACUCACCACAGCUGCUUUCAAGCAGCAGCUGCUGCGCUAUUGCCAAGCAGUGCCCAACACUUGCUCUCUGAUGACAGAUCCUCGCUCACAGUCCCAAACCGCUUUCGAUUCGAAUCUCAGCAUGAGUUUGGGUCACUUUAGUAGCAUACGUACGAAUCACAGUCACAAUUGUAGUCGCUCCUCGAGCAGGAAACGAUCACAGAAUCGACGUUUGAGUUAUGUUUGAUGCGUAAGGUUUAGUGCGGAAACGGUCGGAGGGGGAGAAAGUGGCGGCUCAAGUAGAGAACUGAGAUUAUGCAGGAGGGGAAUUGGCGAUAGUGCUGAGAAGGUUAACGGUUAUGCCUCAUUUGUUGGUAGUGGACGCUGGCGGGACAAUAAACUAUAGAAAGUGUAUUAGGAAAUGGAAAACCGUUAAUUUAUUUACAUACAUACAUAUAUGUAAAUACUCGUAUUUAGGUGUGAUUGAGACAUUUGUAUGAGACUGUUUUUGAUUUAAGCUUUUUGUCAGUUGAUGUUGUAAUGAGAGAAAAAUAAGUAAA